GUUGGCGGCAUCCUAGGGGCUCUCUAUGGUCCCUCCAGGCCAUGGAGGGUCUCUCUAGGCUGCCUAUGGGGUUCUCUAUGGUCCCUCCAGGCCAUGGAGGGUCUCUCUAGGCUGCCUAUGGGGGCCUCUAUGGUCCCUCCAGGCCAUGGAGGGUCUCUCUAGGCUGCCUAUGGGGUUCUCUAUGGUCCCCCCAGGCCAUGGAGGGUCUCUCUAGGCUGCCUAUGGGGGUCUCUGUGGUCCCCCCCAGAGGGUCUCUAUGGUCCUCCAAGGCCAUGGUGGUCUCUCUAGGCUGCCUAGGGAGGUCUCUAUGGUCUCUGUAUGCUCCCGCCCCGCCCCCAUCGCCAACAGAGGCCACUCUGGACCCUCAAGGUGAGUCUCUAUGGUCCUCGCCGGCAGCCGGGCCUCUCUGGACGGCCUCGCCUCGCCGGAGGCCGCUCUGGAGCCUCUAGACGCGUCUCUAUGGUUACCCCCCCCACAGCCAACCCGCUGUGGGGCCGUGAGGGGGGCGGGGCUUGGGGGGCGCUCUGAUUGGUCGCUCCACGGGCAGCGUUCGGUAAUAAAAACCAAAAAAACAAAAAACAAAAAGGGGGGAAAAAACCGUUUCUGGGUGAGCAGAGAGGGGCCCAGGCGUCCGGGGAGGGGCCCAGGCGUCCGGGCCCCUCCCCCCACCCGGGAGGCCCCGCCCCGCCGCGCCCCGCAGGCGAGCGAGGCGCGAGUCCUCCGCGGCGGCCGGAAGGGCCGAAAGUGGCCGCUCCGGCGGCCGGAAGUGACGACUCGGCUGCACCGCGGGCCCCCCCGGCCCCGCCCCCUUCCCGUCAUGGCGGCGCCCGAGCUGGAGCAGCUGCUGGGGGAACUGCUGGAGCCGGAGAGCGGCCGCAUCCGCCGGGCCACCGCCCGCCUCCGCGAGGCCUUCGCCGACCCCGCGACCCCGACCCGCCUCAGCCUCCUCCUCGCCGCCUCCCCCCGGCCCCAGGUGCGGCAGCUGGCGGCGGUGCUGCUCCGGCGCCGGAUCUUGGGCCGCUGGCGGCGCCUGGACCCCGCCCUGCGCCAGAGGCUCCCGGCGCUGCUGGCCGAGGCCCUGGAGCGGGAGACGGAGCACCCAGUGACGGUGGCCCUGGCCCAACUGGCGGCGCUGGUGCUGCGCCGGGGGGGGCCUGAGCGCCUGGGGGCCCCCUUGGGGCCUGGCUCCAAGCGGGGGGCCCAGGACCCCCGCGCCCCCCCGCAGGAGUUGUUUCUAUAG